AUGUUGACGAGGGAGUUCAUUGACGACAGUUUAUACAACCCGCACUACGGUUACUUUUCCAAGCAUGCGACCAUCUUCAGCCCCGGAGAGCCGUUUGAUUUUAACCAUAUUGCCGAUGGCCCCGAGUUUCAUCGGAUGUUGGGAGAGCGCUACAACGAGUUCGAGGAUAAACUAGACGAAACGCAACCAGAUGUGGCACGUCAAUUAUGGCAUACGCCGACAGAGCUGUUCCGGCCUUACUACGGCGAGACGAUUGCUCGGUACCUGGUGUCGAAUUACAAAUUGACGCUUUAUCCGUACCACGACCUCAUAAUAUACGAAAUGGGCGCUGGUAAUGGAACAAUGAUGUUGAAUAUUUUGGAUUUCAUUCGGGAUACCGACUACGAGGUCUACCAGCGGACCAAAUUCCGGAUCAUUGAAAUCUCCCCGGCCCUUGCCAGUCUUCAGAUGAAGAAUCUAAUGGAUUCGAUUAACGCUGCUGGUCACUUGGAUCACGUUGAAAUUGUCAACAAGUCCAUCUUCGAUUGGGACACAUACGUGCAUUCGCCGUGUUUCUUCUUAGCCUUGGAGGUUUUCGAUAACUUCGGCCACGACGCGAUCCGCUACGACACAAGAACAGAAAUGCCUCAACAGAGCGGGGUGUUGAUCGACGCGGAUGGUGAAUUCCAUGAAUAUUACAACGCUCAACUUGAUCCUCUGGCUUCGAGGUUUCUUCGCGUCCGACAGGCCGCCGCACGGAGACAAUUUCCCAGUCCCUUGGGGCACAAGGUGACGAGAGGCAUCCGCAACUCUCUGCCAUUCCAAACCCCGUACACGUUACCCGAGUAUAUCCCCACCCGACUCAUGCAGUUCUUCGAUAUUCUGGACAGUUAUUUCCCGGCGCAUCGGUUGAUUGCGAGUGAUUUCAGCACCCUCCCUGAUGCGGUCCCUGGCUUGAAUGCACCUGUCGUGCAGACCCGUUACAUGAGACGGACAGUGCCGGUAUCUACACCUUUUGUCCACCAAGGAUACUUUGAUAUCUUCUUUCCUACCGACUUUAACGUCAUCGAAGACGUCUACCGUGCUAUUACCGGGAAGCUGACGCAGGUCAUGAGCCAUGAGGACUUUGUUGAUCGCUGGGCGUACAUUGAAGAUACCGAGACAAGGAACGGAGAGAACCCGUUGUUGAACUGCGAAAUGAUACCCUCGUGGAAGCCAACCGUCCAGCAAAAACGCUCCCUCCAACUCGCCGCCAUCCCACCCUCCUGGCGACUCCCAACACCAAUACCAUCAUCGCAAACCACUCUCGAGACAAUCCGCUCCUGCAACAUCCUCUCCCCCCAGGAGCUCGAAUGGACUGAAACUACAGACGCCGCCAAGUUACUCUCCCUUCUAGCCUCCCGGGAAGUGAGUAGUGUCCAGGUGACCACGGCAUUUUGUAAACGGGCCGCAAUCUCACAGCAAUUGACCAAAUGUUUGACGGAGAUCUUUUUUGAUCGGGCGUUGGCCAAGGCUCAGGAAUUGGAUGAGUAUCUUGAGCGGACGGGGAAGACACUGGGAUCGUUACACGGAUUGCCGGUUUCGAUUAAGGAUCGGUUUGAUAUUGAGGGGUAUGAUACUACUGUUGGAUGGGUAGGGUUGGUUGGGAAACCGGCGCAGAAGUCUAGUUCGAUUGCGCAAAUGCUUGAAUCGAUGGGUGCUGUUCUCUAUGUUAAGACGAAUGUUCCUCAAUCUCUGAUGAUGUCCGACUCAUACAAUCACGUCUUCGGCCAGUCAAUCAACGCAUUUAACUCCAAGCUCAUCUCUGGCGGUAGUUCCGGAGGCGAAGCAGCCCUCAUCGGAGUUCGCGGCAGUAUCCUGGGUAUUGGCACGGAUAUUGGAGGACCAAUGGCCAACUCCCUUGACACGGUGGAGUAUUUCAUGCAGAGUCUUCUCGACUCAAAUCCUUGGGACAUCGAUCCGGGCUGUAUCCCUGUUCCGUGGAGGAAAGAUGUAGCUGCGAUUCCGGAUCGGAAGUUGAGAAUCGGUAUCGUCUACGAUGAUGGGGUUGUGAAGCCUCAGCCACCAAUUGCGCGGUUAUUGCGGGAGACUGCUGCGAAGUUGAAAGAGGAUGGCCAUGAGGUCAUUGAAUGGGACACAUCCCUGCACAUCCAAGGCACCAACCUCUGGACAAAGGGCGUUCUAGCUGACGGAGGUCAACACUGCAAGUACCUCUGCGACUUGGUAGGUGAGCCUCUAAUCGAGGGCAUGGUCGUAGGCACAGCGAAGGAUCAGCUCUCCAUCCCAGAACGCGAAUUGCUCGAAGAACAAAAAUGGACCUUCCAGACCACCUUCAUCAGCCACUGGCAAAAUGCCAACGUUGACGCUCUCCUCAUGCCCGUCUUACCCUGGGUAGGCUACCCCCCAAAGGCCUGGGUCAUGAGCUCGCAGUGGUUAGGAUACACGGCUAUAUGGAACUUGUUGAAUUAUGCUGUUGCCACGGUUCCUGUGGGGAAGGCGGAUGUCGAGCUGGAUCAGCCUGGGGAGGAGUGGGUAAGGCACGUACCAAGGAAUAGAUCGGAUGAGUUUAAUCAUACUCAGUAUGAUAUCGAGUUGGUCAAGGAUAUGCCGGUUUGUUUGCAGAUUGUUGGAGGAAGAUUUGGAGAGGAAAAGGCUGUUUCUGUGGCUAAGAUCGUGGAUCAUCUAAUGAAUUGA